AGACCAAAUUUCGGUCGAACAAUGCAGGAAGCAAUGCUCAAGGCGGUGGUCGGAGUCGGAAGUUUCAUGGCACUGGCCAUGGCGCACAGGAGGGAGGCUGCGGCAAAGACUGUCGGCAACGAUCUCUCGUCAGUGUCCUACGAGGUGGAAGCGAAGCAUAUUGAAUUCUUGAACGCCAUGAUCAAGAAGUUCAGCAUCAAGGAUCUGGACAAAGCGGUGAGGAUUGCUGUGCAGUUCGCCAUAUCAGACGGCAAUGCCGAUGCACUCUUCGUCAAGAAACGAUGCAACACGUGCGGCGGCAAGAAGAACAAGAACAAGGUCACGGUGAAGCUCUACAAGCACCAGGUUGAGUUUCUGGAACAAACUCAGAAGAAGUUCAACAUCAAGUCAGUGGAUAAAACUCUCCGCUGCAUCCUGGAGUACGCGGAGACCGACGGGGACAAGGACUUCAUCUUCAACAAGACCCGCUGCAAGAUGUGCGGGUGAUCUCAGGACCCCCGCCGGUCAUGCCGGGCUGAGGAAGUUGCGGAUGUCCUUGCAGCCUAUGGAGGAGGAGGACGCCCUUGCGAUCUUGCGCCUCUUGUGUAGAGAGUUGGUCUCUGACUGGUGGCAGCGAGUGCACAGCGUGCGGAACCCCG